UUAGCACUACUGGUAGUUGUCAAAACAACGCACACAUACAUAUUUUUUACGGCAUUUUUUCUGAUAUUCGUGGAGAAUAUUUUUGUGAAGUCUUUUUAAUAUAUUUUUAAGGAAAAUAAUUACAAAAUAGGAUAAGAAUGUCGAAACGUGCUGCUGACGACAACAGCGGUGUUGGCAGUUCGGGUAGCACCACUGCCAACACUAAUCUUGGGCAACCACCCAUUAAAAAAGUUCACUUUGAGCCUCAUCUAAUUGGACCCGUCUCUACUUUGGAAGAAAUGGACAUCAAAGUAUUAGAAUUUCAAAAUAAAAAAUUAGCUCAACGCAUUGAGCAGAGAAUGCGCACAGAGGCCGAGUUGAGGCAUCGUAUAGAACAAUUGGAGAAACGUCAAACUCAAGACGAUGCAGUUCUGAAUGUGGUUAAUCGAUACUGGAACCAAUUAAAUGAAGAUAUACGUGUGCUUCUGCAAAGGUUCGAUGCAGAGACUGCGGAUGAAUUAGAGAAUCGUAACGAGAAUGAAGUAACGACCUCUUUUCUAACACAAUUGUCCACAUGGGACAAAGAAGAAUUAGACGAUAAACUAGCUAACCGAGUACAAGUAUCUAAGAGGGCAGUAGCCAAAAUUGUACAAGUUAUUGACAGAAUAAUGCAAAGAAAUGAAAAAAUUACAAUGUCUUUGAAGGGUGAACCGGCAACUACGGGCACUUCCUCAUCUACAUCGGAAGCGGGUGAUGAAUCGCAAACAGAUUCUACUACUGCUAAUAAUAUUCCUAAUAUAGAAGAGACCCUAAAACAAACUCACAUUGAAAUUAUGACCGAAAAUUGUAAUUUACAAAAUCUUAAUACAUCGCUUCAUGAAAAAUUCCAUACAAUGUCACUAAAAAUGAAAGAAUAUCAGGAUGCAUUGACUGCAAAAGAGACAGAAAAUGCUGAACUUAAGAAUCAAAUUGAUGAGCUGCAAUACGACUUGGAAAAAAUCCAUUGUCGAAAUGACAAACUUGAAAAUCAUUUGGCUGAAGCAAUAGAAAAAUUAAAGGCAUAUCAUCAAAUGCAUGGCGACCCCAAUAAAAGUUCAUCAAGUUCCAAGGGCUCGGGACACGCUCAUGUAAGUAGCCAUCAGGUGGAAGAUCUGCAAAAAGAACUUGAAGAAAACCGAGAUUUGGCCAACAAUCGUUUACAAGAACUAGAUAAACUACAUGCAACGCAUAGAGAAACCUUAAAAGAAGUAGAAAAACUUAAAAUGGACAUUCGUCAACUUCCAGAGUCUGUAAUUGUUGAAACAACUGAGUAUAAAUGUUUGCAAUCGCAGUUUUCAGUUUUGUAUAACGAAUCAAUGCAAAUUAAAACAAUGUUGGACGAAACAAGAAAUCAAUUGCAAACCAGCAAGAAUCAACAUUUGCGCCAAAUCGAAGUAAUGGAAAGUGAAGAAUUGAUUGCUCAGAAGAAGGUGCGAAGUGAAAUGAUUCAAAUGGAGGAUGUGCUAGCUCAAAUACGUAAAGAGUACGAGGCUUUACGGAUUGAGUUUGAGCAAAAUAUGGCGGCAAACGAGCAGACGGCUCCCAUAAAUAGAGAAAUGAGGCAUUUGAUAACUUCUCUGCAAAACCAUAACGGACAACUGAAGGGAGAGGUACAGCGUUAUAAGCGUAAAUACAAAGAUGCCUCAGCAGAUAACGUUAAAUUGCGCCGAGAAUUAGAGGAAGCAACAGCCAAACUGGAGGGUACCAAAUUACAAAAUAUACCAGGCCAGGGAGGAAAUGGUGAAGAUAUUAAGCAGGAAGGUGGAGGUAACAUUAAAGAAGAAUUUCCAGGAAAUUCGGGCAAUUCUGCGAGUGCAAGUGGUGCUGGUACAGAAGGAAGUGCCGUUAUAAAAGAAGAAGGGGCGGCUAUUAAAUCAGAAGAUGAGGCAAUGGAUGAUGAUUUUAAUAAAGAUCAAAAAGAUGGUAUCAAAAAAGAACACACGUCGCCGGGAGGACCUGAUAAAAAAGAAAAUCAAUCUGGUUGUAAUACUGCUGGUUCUACACCAACUGGUGCAGCUUCCACAACUACAACGACAGUUAAACAAGAAAAAGACGCUAAAGAUGCCCAGAAAUCAAAGGAUGUUAAAGUUCAAGAGUCUGAAAUAGUUCGCGACUUGAAAGCACAAUUAAAGAAAGCACUCAAUGAUCAAAAAGAAAUGAAACUGCUGUUGGACAUGUAUAAAGGUGUAUCCAAAGACCAAAGGGACAAGGUCCAGUUGAUGGCCACAGAAAAGAAAUUACGAUCAGAAAUCGAAGAACUUCGUCAACAGUUGAAGAAACUUCAAGAAAGUAAAAGAGAAGAGCGUAAAAAACUUGCCGACGAAGAAGCCCUUCGUAAAAUUAAACAAUUGGAAGAACAAAAAUAUGAAUUACAAAAGCAAGUAGCUACCCAAAAGCCACCUGAUAACUGGGGACCUGGUGGCCCGAAUUAUGCACGACCUUUUGUAGGUUCUCAUGAGGAAGAGGCCUUGCUUAAUGAAAUGGAAGUUACAGGUCAAGCAUUCGAAGACAUGCAGGAGCAAAAUUCAAGGCUUAUACAACAGUUGCGCGAAAAAGACGACGCCAAUUUCAAGUUGAUGUCUGAACGUAUCAAAGCUAAUCAAAUGCACAAACUACUAAGAGAGGAGAAACAAAUCUUAGAAGAUCAAAUGGCUACUCGUGAUACGCAAAUUGAAGCAAUGCAUAUUGUUUUGCGUAAACUCGAAGAGAAGGAGAGGAGUUUACAGGCCACGGUGGCAGCUAUAGAAAAAGAACUUGCGCUGCGGCAACAAGCAAUGGAAAUGCAUAAGCGCAAAGCAAUUGAAUCUGCUCAAUCUGCAGCCGAUCUUAAAUUACAUUUGGAAAAAUAUCACGCCCAAAUGAAAGAGGCUCAACAGGUGGUUGCAGAGAAGACCAGUUCCUUGGAAGCCGAAGCUUAUAAAACCAAACGGUUGCAAGAAGAGUUGGCGCAAUUCAAACGCAAGGCAGAACGAAUGAAGAAAAUCGAGAUGGCUGGUACGACCAUUGAUGAAGUUAUGCUGGAAGAGAUCCGUGAAUAUAAGGAGACUCUCACAUGCCCCUCCUGCAAAGUUAAGCGCAAAGAUGCCGUUCUAUCCAAAUGUUUCCAUGUAUUUUGUUAUGACUGUUUGCGUACGCGUUACGAGACAAGGCAGCGUAAAUGUCCCAAGUGUAAUUGUGCCUUUGGUGCCAAUGAUUAUCAUCGUUUGUAUUUAACUUAAGUUAGUAUAGUUAAAUUUCAGUUAACGCUUAGAAGAAUAUUUAAUAUAUACACCCAUAAAACACCCAUACCCAUAGAACAAGGCGUAGAGAGAAACCUAUUCUGGCAAAUCCUACGAGUCUACGAGGUUUGUCUGUAAAUAUGGUAAAAAUGAUGUUAAACUGCAAAUCGUACAAAGUUGAUCAUUUUUCUGUACUGAUCGUUUCAUGGACCUUCUGUUUUGGAAUAACCUCAAUAAGUGUGAUAUUUGACAUUCUAUUUCUUGGUUUUUCCUCGUUGCCUUGCUCUAUGCACCUACACACAAAACAAAAACAUACUCACUUUUAAACAUUCAUACACUUCCAUUUUUGUUUACAUAUUGUGUUUAUUUAACAUUAUGUUCUUUUAAUUUUAAAUGAAACAAAAUAUACAUACGAUCCUAAAGGAUUUUAUUUUUAAAUUUAAUAUAAUAUUAAUGCUUUAGGUGGACAUGAAGCAAAAAGCGAAAUAAUAAAUAUAUAAAAAUAUUUAGUUUUAAA